GCCACGCCCCCCACAGCCCAGUGGAGACUCUGUCCCCUACCAGUUGUGAGUCUGCAGAAUGUCACUUCACCACUCAGAGCCUGUUUGCUCCACUGAGAAGUGGGUUGGUAAAGGACAAAUCAGCUAGAAUUACUGUCAGGACCCCGUGGGACAAGCCAUGGAAAGUGUGUACUGAAGCCUAGCUCUUUAGUAAAGCAUUUUGGAGGGGCUGGGAUGUUCACAUUUAUUAUUUUCUUCUCCCCCAUAAAGAAAAUAUCUGCCUCAGCCCUCACUCACCAUGUGCCCUUGAGCAAACCUAUUUCCCAUUUGUAAGGGGGAGGUUGAGAUUCCAUUUAAUGGGUCCUUGUCCUUGGUAUUGCCAGAACGGGGAUCUUGGAGGCUGGUAGAAGGGUCCCAGGAUUCUCAGAUACCUGGGAAGGUGCUGCUUGGGUUCACCCAUUCACCAGUUUUCUACGAAGCCCCUACUGUUGCAGACACUGUUAUAGGCACUUAGCAUCGUUUAGUAGACAAAGCAGAUAGGAAACCCUGCCCUCCUAGGCCUCCAUUCUAGUCGGGGAGUCAGACAGGAACACCAGACAUUUUAAGCAGGUAGUGUCCACAGUGCAUUAGAUGUGACACCCGCACGCCACCUCUAGGUAUGGAUGUAACCACCCGUAUUCUGCCCAGGAUGCUGAACCCCAAGACCAGCUGAAAGGCUGAGUGGACUUUGGGUGGACAAAGAGGGGCUCCUGUCUAUUCAGAAGGGUGGAGGCUGUACGGGACCUGUGUCUGGAUUGGGGCUGGGCAGAUUCUGGACCUCACACAUCUGGAUUCCACUACAGGAAUGAGUUUAGAAGCACCUCCUGCAGGAGAUAGGCAGUCAUAGAGAGCUAGGGGUGGAACCUGGGCAUUCUGGGGAGCAGAGGGGAGGCUGGAGCCUCAGAGAGGCCCCUGAGAGAACCCAUCCCCGCACAAUCCCCUCACAUUUCCACUUCCCCCCCCAAUAUUGGGGGCCCAAAAUAGGAGAUGCGGGGUGGGAGGGAGAGAAACCUGCUCCUGAAUCUCGAUCCCCAGUUGUGGAUGCUCAGCUGCCAUGUGGGGCCCCUGUCCCAGGGGAGAACAGUGUCCAUGGGAGAAGAGACGAUCAUACGUGUGCAGAGAAUCAGGCAGCAUGCUGGUGCACACUCUCCAGAAGAGGGGCCUGAGGGCCUAGGCAGCUGGGGCAGGGGACGGCCUCCAUGUGUCGCCCAGCAUGAGAUAAUCCUGGAGCACUAGUGUGUGCCAGGCUGUGAGAAGAACAUGCAGACACACAUCUCCGUGCCCUUAGAGGGUUACUGUCCAGUGGGGAGAGGGCCAGCGGAGAGAAAGGGAUGUAAUUCAGGCUCCCCGAGGAGGGAGAGUUGGUCAGACCGUUGAUGGAGAGCUCCCUGGGACGGAGGCUGUGUGCUAGCCCCCUGCUCAGUGACCAGGCCUGCCACUUUCAGGACAGCCAGAGGGUGUGAUGCAGGGUGGUGCUGACCUUUGGAGGGAUGGGCAGACAUAAGCGCCCUUUGCAGGGGUGCCCUGGGAGGGCAGUGUGUCGGGAAAAGCCAGGCCUGAGACCCUGCUUUUCACCACCCACCCCUAGUGCCACCUCUUUUAUCCUGCGCACAAUGCUGAAGGAAUACUCAGAGGAUUUCAAUCAGCCCCCAUAAUUCCCCUGCCUAAAGCUUGCGGUGGAGUAUGUGCAGGUGAACAUGCCAGGCUCACAUCUGGAGCACCGUGCCCAACUUCUCUUGGCCCAGCUGGAUCAAAUGGAGGUCACUGAGACAGAGCUGGAGGCUCCAGAGCGAAGGCCAGGGCAAGUUGUAAAAGUAGCUCAAGAUCCAUCUUUGCCCCAAGAACUGGCUCCUGCACCAUGUCCUGGGGUAUAUUCUGCUCCUGUACUGGCACCGGAGCUCCAUAGCACACCACCUAUUACAUCCCCAGCUCCAGUACCGGCACCAGAUGGAGAGCCAGCUGGAGGGGUGGGUCUGCAUCCAGGGUCACCUCCAGAACUGGCUCCCACACCACUGGCUAAUGUCAAUCCUACUCCUGCUACAACACUGGAGCUCCAUACCACACUAGCUAUUUCAUCACCAGUACCUGCACUGGAACCAGAUGAAGAGCCAGCUGGAGGGUCAGAGUCUUAUCCUGGGCCACCUUCAGAGGCAGCUCCUGGACCACUGGCUACUGUCAAUCCUGCUCCUGCUCCAACACCAGGGCUCAAUGUAGCCCAGGCCCUCCUCCAGCUCCAUCACCAGCAUCAUAUGGACAACAGGAUGGAGAGGUGUAUUCCCAUCCUGGGCUACUUCCACAACCGGAACCUGGACCACCAGCUGAUGUCGAUCCUGCUCCUGCUCCAACACAGAAGCUCCGUGGAGCACCAAGUUGUUCCAUGACGAGCUUCAGCUGUGGCAGCAGAGGGAUAAUCCCAUGGACUUUCGGAUUCUUAACCUGGGCCACCUGCACAGCCAGAGAAUGGACAACCUGGUGAUAUGGAUCCUGGUACUGAACGGACACUGAAACUCAAUAGAGCAUCACCAGCUCCAGCGCUGCCACCACAUGGAGAGCUGGAUUUUUACCCUGGGCGACUUCCAGAACACGUUGAAGGAAAACUUCAUGAGUUACAUUCUGUUCUUGCAGCAACAUUGGAGCUGGAUACAUCAACAGGUCCUCCAUCAGCAAGUUGAGCAGACAGAGAGCCUGCUGGAAGAUCGGAUUCUCUUCCUCGGCCAACACCAUAAUGGGCUCCUGGACCACUUGGUGAGGUUGAUCAUGCUCCUGGACUAACACUGGAGCUCCUUAGACCACCAUCACGAGCUGCUUCACUGGCACCAGAUGAAGAGCCAGCUGAAGGGUCAGAGUCUUAUCCUGGGAUACAUCCAAAACCUGCUCCUGUACCACCUACUGAUGUUGAACCCACUCUUGCACCAAAAUCAAGCUUCACUGGCACAGGUCUUCCUUCUCCUUUUUCAUCACCGACACUAGAUGAAGGGCCAGCUGGAGGGGCGGAUUUCCAUCCUGGGCCACUUCCAACUGACUCCCAGAUAAACAGCUGAUAUUGAUCCAGCUCCUUUUCCGACACUGGAGCCCCAUACACCGUUAAGUCCUCCAUCUCCAGCUCAGUCUGGGGCACCAGAGGCCGAACUAGUUGCUGAACCUCCUCCACGGCAACUCCUUAUUGACAACCAGGGGACAUCUGCUCCAGAAGCAGACCCUUAUUUCUCCUCACCUGAGUGGGUAGUUCUUGGUUUUGUUGUAGUAUUUUCCCAGCUCAAUUUAUUCUGUAUAGUUUAUAGUAUUUUAACUGGUAGAUUUCUCAUUAAAGUUUUGCUGUAACAGCUUGCAAGUGUGUAAUAUAGUGGCUUUAUGUACUUUCACAAUCCUAUUCACCAUCAUCAGUAUCUCCUUCAGAACAUUUUCAUCACCACUGUGAUGGUUAAUGUUAUGUGUCGAGUUGGGUAGGCCAUGGUUCUCAGGGGUUUGGCAGACAUUAUGUAAUCAUACUCCAUUUUAUAAUCUGAUGUGAGCAGCCAAUCAGUUGGAAGAGGCAUUUCCUUGGGAACGUGACCUGCAAAUUAACACAUUUUCUGGGGUAUGCAGCCAUUAAUCUGGCCAAUGUAUUUUUCUCCAUUCCUGUUUUGAAGGACCACCAGAAGCAGUUUGCCUUCAGCUGGCAAGGCCAGUAGUACACCUUCACUGUCUUAUCUCAGAGGUAU